ACUGCAUGAAGAAUUUCCUUGUGUUAAAAUGAAUGAGAAACCCAACAAAUGGAUUUUCAUCCCAAUUUUAGCCAUUCUUUUUGUCAUGAUUGGGUACCAGUAUAUUUGUCCGGCGGGCGGCCAGGCUUGCCAUUUCAGGACAGGAGACAAACUCGUUAGGAUCGGUCCCCCGUCCACUCCAGACCCGACCACCGAUGACCCGGAGGAAGACAGCCCAACUAAAUGUGCGUCCAAAUUCAACUUCACGGAGCGCGAUCUGACACGCGACGUCGAUUUCAACAUCAAGGGAGACGAUGUGAUUGUGUUUCUGCACAUUCAGAAGACAGGCGGGACCACCUUCGGCAGGCACCUGGUCAGGAAUAUCCGCUUGGAGCAGCCGUGCGACUGCAAAGCGGGACAAAAGAAAUGCACGUGCCACCGGCCCGGCAAGCAGGAGUCAUGGCUCUUCUCGAGGUUCUCCACGGGCUGGAGUUGCGGAUUGCACGCGGACUGGACGGAACUGACCAACUGCGUGCCUGUGAUAAUGGACAAAAGGCAGCCUCCAAAGCGCAAGAGGAACUUCUACUACAUCACCAUGCUGCGAGACCCUGUGUCACGUUACCUGAGCGAAUGGAAGCACGUGCAGCGCGGUGCCACCUGGAAGACUUCGCUUCACAUGUGUGACGGCCGGUCGCCCACACAGGACGAACUGCCCACCUGCUAUAACGGAGACGACUGGUCGGGGGUCACCCUGCAUGAGUUCAUGGACUGCCCUUCAAACCUGGCCAACAACCGGCAGGUGCGUAUGCUGGCCGAUCUCAGCCUGGUGGGCUGCUACAACCUCUCCACCAUGAACGAGAGCGAGCGCAACCCUAUUCUCCUGGCCAGCGCCAAGAGCAACCUGAAGAACAUGGCUUUCUACGGCCUGACCGAGUUUCAGCGCAAGACGCAAUACCUGUUCGAGCGCACUUUCCGCCUGCAGUUCAUUUCCGCCUUCACGCAGAUCAACAGCACGCGUGCCGCCAACGUUGAGCUGCGUGACGACAUGCGCAGACGCAUUGAGCUGCUCAAUUUCCUGGAUAUGCAGUUGUACGAGUUCGCCAAGGAACUUUUCCUGCAGAGAUACCAGUUCAUCCGUCAGCGUGAGCGGCAGGAGGAGAGGUUGAAGAGGCGAGAAGAGAGACGCUGGCUCAGGGAGCGCAGAGUCAACCAGAACAAACAGCCCGGUGUGGAAAACCAACCUCAGGUCACCACAACCGAGGACUAUGCCAGCCAAGUGGUCCAUUGGUGAUACCUCUUGGAAACGUGCACUAGAACACAGAGAACAUAAUGGAUCACUUGAGGAAGAGUAGGGCACAGUUUGGGCUCUGUCUAGCACUCUAACGAGGGUUUUUUUUAGUCAUGAAGCCUGUUGCACUGCAAAAAAAGCAUUGCCUUGAGCAGUAUUUUUGAAAGAUUUCCAGAGGGGAAAAAUAAUAUCAGUUACAUAAGAAGUAAAGUAAAAUAAAUAAGUAAAAAAAAUCACACUUAGAUUUAUUUUCAACAUUAAAAUUACUUUUACUGCUUAAAUCAACACAUACAUGCACAAAUUAACAUACGUGAACUCUUAUUUGAAGAUACAAUAACUUAAU